UGUGUUGGUCAAAUUUAAAUACAAGUUUGUUUCGGGUGCCGGAAAGUUCUCUUUUAUGUCAGGACUUUGUUGAGAUGAGAAGAAAAAAGGAUGAUUCAGGAUUAGUCAUAUGUGAUACGAUCCUGCACACACACGGCUGAGGGAGGAUUUCUCAUGUCAGUCAUCACUCCUACAACCAAGACCUUUCCUCUGCGCUGCUGAGAAACAGCAUGCGAGAGACGUGAGAGAGUUGGAGAGAGAAAGACACGAGGGCGUGAAAAAAACAACUCAUUUGGACGAUCGGUUGACUAGAUUGUGAGAUGAUCCAUGUGAGAGUGUGUUGUACUUUCCUCUUUCUCGAUGCCAGGUUACAGCAGGUUUGCCACUGUUCGCAAAGUCACUUCAGUGGAUGGCCCCAGAAGUGGAGGCCAGAUGGAAAUUGGGUCACAUGACCGCCUCCAGGAAGGCGCGCCGAGCCUGGAACUGACCAAUGGGGUGAAUCGCUACCCCAACGAUGAAGCCUCAUCUAUGGAAAAAGAUCAGCAGAGGGCAGGGAGUGUGCCUCCGAGGGAGUGCUGGGUGUCAGGGCAUGGGAAGGUCAGUGACACCCAACAACAAUGUUGGAACAGCAGCAGCGGUACAACCCCUGGUGAACCUGUCCACCACGCAAACAUGGAGGACGCUCACAACCUGGUGGCUUUCUCAGCUAUUGCCGGCUCCUUGCCUCCUUCUUCCUCAUCCUCCUGCCCCGUGCAGCCUAACACAGCCCAGCUCUAUGAAAAGUUCACCAAAGAGGCUGGUGCUGAGGGAGUUCAGGCCAAACCUGAGGGAAGCUGCCAAACUCCAGAAGACUUGAACACUCUACAGUCAGCACUGAGCCAAGCAAAGCAUGGACAAAAGCCCCCAAACUGCAACUGUGAUGGGCCCGACUGUCCAGAUUACCUUGAGUGGCUGGAGACUAAGAUUAAGUUGGCAAAUAGUGGUGACCAAGGUGCCUGCAAGACGGCAGAUGCUCCCCCACAGGUACAGCCUCACCUGCAGCAUCCCCAUUUGCAGCAUCACCCUCAGCCCUACCCCCACAUGAAUGGUGGCCACCGUCUGUCUUCUCCCUACCCCCAGCAGCAGGGAUCUCAAGGCCCCCAACUAAUCCAUGUGCCCUGCCCCAAACCCCCAAUUCCCUGCUCUCCCCAGGUGCUCUCCAUAGCCAAGGAAAAGAACGUCAGUCUGCAGACAGCCAUCGCAAUAGAAGCCCUGACGCAGUUAUCUGGUACUGGUCAUCAAGCUGCCGGCUCUCCCUACAACAGUGACCUCCAUCACCACCAACAUGCCCACAACCUCCCAUCUCAACCCCCCAAUGGCACUAGCAUGAUCCCGUCAUCUCCCGGCCCCCACUCGUCCUCCUCACGCUCUCAAUCCGUCCCUCCAGGACAACACAACAUCCAGCAGGCCCCCGGGUCCUGCGAUCACCACAGGCCCCAUUCCCAGGGCCAGCCACCCCAUGCUUCCCCUCUCCCAUCCUCUACCUCUCCCUUCCCAGGGCAGGGAAAACAUCCAGGCUUCAGCCCUAAUCCCCAGCAGUGGCAGCAGGCUGCAGGCAGAGGCUCUGAGCAGAGGAACCCAUGGAUGUGUGUUAAGUCUGAGCCCCAGUCUCACUAUGCUGCAGCGCCUCACAGCAGCUCAGACCCAAUGUCAGAGCUCAAACAGCUGCUCGGUGACACCAGCAGCAAGUUCAGCAAUUUCAAGCUUCCAGUCCCACAGCAGAUGAAUCAGAAUGGAGGUGUCCAGGUCCAGGACAACCCAGUAUUGGCCAGGAUAAAGCAAGAACCGGACUCUGGUGAGCACUACCAUCACACUGCCUCCAUGGGGCAUUACGGCAUGGCUAAUGGUCAGCAGCUGGGUCAGCACUACCCUGGCACUCCCCUGUCUCCUGGCCAAGCAGCCAUCCGCCACUCCACUCAGGCAGCUCUGCAGCAGCACCUUCACUACAAGAGGAACCUCUUCUCUAACCACUCCCCUGGCUUUGGAGCACCAAGCCCUCGUGCACCUAUGGCUUGUCAAAACUUGAAAAAAUGGUGGCCACAGAUGGAGGCAGAAGGGUUGCCACAUCUGCCCAUCAAACAGGAAACCAAGGAACCCAAGAAGAGAAAGAGCAGCCAAGGGUCUCCUGUCAUUAAAGCUAUGAGCGGGAUGCUUUCUGUCCCUCCUCUGCCCAAACCCAAGCCGAUAAUCAUCAAGAAGACCAAGCAGAAAGCCUCCCUGCCAACCUUCCUGCCUCAGAAUCAGAUCACCGUACAAAAACCAUCAGUCCUCGCGAUGGACAGAGCCGCAGCCCUGGCCGGCCUGCAACCCUCUCUACCCAUCCACAGUAACUCCACUCAGGCUGCUGCUGCAGGCCUCCCUGCCCCAGCCCAAUCUCAGGUAUCUAUUUCCAGCUCCUCAUUGACUCCCUCUUCCACUGUUUUUGCUUUGUCUGAAAACACUCCAGCCCUCACAGGCCCAAUACCCCCACCUAUGGCCCCGUUCCCUAGAUCAGAUGGAGGGGGCAUCCUGGCCUCCAGUAACACCAGCACCACCACACCUGUGACCUCCAUAUCUCCAUCCAGCACUUCACAAUUACCGAGUGUCAUGAACAUAGACCCCAAGUAUGAAGAACUGAUCCGGCAGUUCGAAGCUGAAUUUGGGGAUUCUGCCCCAGAAGCACCUGCCACUCAGCCCAUGGAGAUGUCUACAGACCCUCAGCCGCUAAACCAGUCCCAGACAAGUUCUCAGGACCUCAGUCCCACAUCAUCAACUCCCUUAACUCACACCUCUCAAACCAGCUCCACACCUCAUCCAGACGAUCAGGAGAUGGAAUUCAACAAGUCAGGGACCCAAAGUGAAGCAACCAUGAAUAAGGCACCUACAGAAAGCCCUAUGGUGGAUCACAAUCUGCACCAGGAGGCCAUUCGGGACAAGCAUUGGCAGCCCGGUGCGCUGGAGGAUAUGUUCAGCAUGCCGUGUUCUCCGCUGCCCAAGCGCAUGAAGAUCGAAGCCUCUGGGGAUGUUACAGUAGUUUCCACCACAUGCUACUCUGAGGACGACACGCCAACUAAGGACGGCCUGACAUCCUCUCCGUCUCUCAGAGGAUUCCUAGAGUCUCCUCUGCAAUACCUAGACACCCCAACCAAGACCUUGCUGGAUACUCCUUCCAAGGAUCUACAGGCAGAGUUCCCCACCUGCACUUGUGUCGAACAAAUCCUUGAGAAAGAUGAAGGGCCGUACUACAAUCACCUGGGAUCUGGACCUACUGUUGCUUCAAUACGAGAUCUGAUGGAGAGAAGGUACGGGGAGAAGGGGGAUGCCGUCCGCGUUGAGAAGGUGGUUUACACGGGCAGGGAGGGAAAGAGCUCACAUGGAUGUCCUAUUGCUAAAUGGGUGAUUCGUCGUAGCGGCGAGACGGAGAAGCUGCUGUGUCUGGUGCGUCAUCGUGCCGGACACCACUGUGCCAACGCCGUCAUCAUCAUCCUCAUCAUGGCGUGGGAGGGGGUCGAGAGGGGUCUGGCUGACAAGCUCUACCAGGAGCUCAGCAACACCCUCACACAGUACGGGAACGCCACCAGCCGGCGCUGCGGCCUCAACGAUGAUCGGACCUGUGCGUGUCAGGGUAAAGACAUGGAGACCUGUGGCGCUUCCUUCUCCUUCGGAUGCUCCUGGAGUAUGUACUUCAACGGCUGCAAGUACGCCCGCAGCAAAACACCGCGCAAGUUCAGGCUGCAGGGAGAACGCCCUGAAGAGGAGGACAAACUCGGGGAUAACCUGCAGCAUCUGGCGACAGAGGUGGCUCCUCUGUACAAGCAGCUGGCCCCGCAGGCCUACAGCAACCAGUGCCUGACGGAGUCCAAGGCUCCAGAGUGCAGACUGGGACUGAAGGAAGGCCGGCCGUUCUCCGGAGUCACUGCAUGCAUGGACUUCUGUGCACACGCCCACAAGGACCAGCACAACCUGUACAAUGGUUGCACAGUGGUGUGCACGUUAACCAAGGAGGACAACCGCUCGGUGAAGGAGAUCCCUGAGGACGAGCAGCUGCACGUGUUGCCUCUCUACAGGAUCUCUCCGACGGACGAGUUUGGCAGUGAGGAGGCGCAGCGUAUGAAGAUGAAGACGGGAGCCAUCCACGUGCUGCAGGCUUUCCGCAGAGAGGUGCGCAAGUUGCCCGAACCCGCCAAGUCCUGCCGACAGCGCCGCCUGGAGGCCAAGAAGGCAAACUCGGAGAAGAAGAAGAACAAACUCCUGCAGCAGGCAGGGGAGACGCCGGAGAAAACCUUGGUGAAGGCCGAGGUCUGCAUCACAGGGUCCCCUCAACCCCAAGGCAAUAAAGCAGUUAUAAAACAAGAGGUGAAGCCCAACAUCAAGAAGGAGCCCUUCAACGGAUCGAUGGAUGGAUACCCUGUGCAGGCAGCAGACCCCUUCAACAUGUACCCACACCCUGCCUACUAUGCAAGGGGAGGCCUCCCCCCCACUGGCCAGCCCUCUGCACCCGACCCUGUGAACGGUUUCCACCACAAUCUGCCCGCAAUGCACUAUGGCUACUACAACUACCCCCCUAAUGCACUUUUCCGGCCCAAGCUGAGGACCUACGAGGGUCGAAACGGCCAGCUGCCCAAACCGAGCGGCAAGCCUGUCGAGGUGGACACAAAGCCGGAUAUUCAGAGUCUGCAGGCCCGGCUGGAGCAGUCCUACCCGAGCCACCCGGAUCACGCCAGCCAACCGAACCACAGCGCUUACAUCCAGCCCGCCGACUACAACCAGUCCCGCCCGUCCUCCGUCUGCUCCGACUCCUCCAACAGAGGCACACCGCUCAUCAAACAGGAGCCUGUGGACAUGCCGGUGUAUGAAAACCCGAUGCAGAGCCACUCAGGUGCCAACACACCAAGCACCACCCCCCAGCCUGCACCCUGGCCUGGGCACAAGCUCAAUGGAAGUCUCGCCCCCGAGGCCUCGCUGAUGACCCCGGACCGGCAGCCGUUUCACCAGCAGCAGCAGCAGCCCUCCCCGUACCCGCAGCAGUGGAACUCCUACCCCGGCUCAAACCCCCGGAUGGCUUCCCCCGCCCCAUCGCCUUCACUCCAGAUAACCCCCUCUCCAUCUCCGUCCCCACAUCUCGUCCCAGCACUCCCGGGUCACAUACACCAAGGGUCUCCACGUCCAGGAACACCACAGCCUGGGGGCUCUCACUCAGGCUCAGUGACUCCACAGCCGGGCACCCCCAGGCACUGGCCAAGCCCGGCUCCGAGCCCUCAGCCCAACCCUUGGGCCAUGGGGCCGGCGGCAUACAGCCCCGGCAUGAAGCACAGCAACCCUGCAGGAGCUUACCCAGACAAGAUCUGGUCCAAGACCGGGGAGAGUCGGUGUCCCACUCCCCUCGGGCUGCAGGAGAAGGCCUGGAAGUCGUGUGGAGGUUCGCUGGCAGGCAGCACGCCCUCCCCUGCCCCCGAGGGCCGCCUCUUCCCCGAUGCCCUGCAGCAGUCGGAUCAGGCCUGCUGGAACCCCAGCCGGGCCGACAGCGACGCCGAGAGCAACAAAGGCCGCAACGAGGACGAGGAGUGGUCCGACAGCGAGCACAACUUCCUGGACAACAACAUCGGCGGUGUGGCGGUCGCCCCGGCCCACGGCUCCAUCCUGAUCGAGUGUGCGCGCCGGGAACUGCACGCUACCACUCCGCUGAAUAAGCCCGACCGCUCCCACCCCACACGUAUCUCCCUGGUCUUCUACCAGCACAAGAACCUGAACCAGCCCAACCACGGCCUGGCGAUCUGGGAGGCCAAGAUGAAGCUGCUGGCGGAGCGGGCGCGGCAGCGGCAGCAGGAGGGGGCGCUGCUCGGACUCUCGCAGGAGGAAAUCAAGGCCCUCGGGAAGAAACGCAAGUGGGGGGCGACGGUGGCCGGCGCCAGUCCAGGACCGGGACAAUCUAAAGACAAGAGGGAGGGGCCGGUGACACGGUUAGCCCCCACCUGCCACACCUCCUCUAUGGUUACUGUGUCUCCCUAUGCCUUCACCAACCUCACUGGGCCCUACAGCCACUUUGUCUGAGGGCGGACGUUCACACACACUGAUGGGGGAGCAGCGGAGGGUGGAUGAAUGUCUCUCAGCCGUCCUGUAGUCUGGCAUCUCCCCCCCCCCCUCUUCACAGUCCACUUGGAGGAGGGGAUGUUUUUAUUGUUUUUUACCUCAUGUCAGGCAGGUGGUCGGACACGCUGCCUGUGGUGCUCUUCCUCUCUCGUCCCCGGAGAGGAACUCCAUUCGCUUUUUCUUGUUUAUAGAAUUUUAAUGAUUCUAAUUAUUGCUAUUAUUAUCGAUAUUAUUAUGAUUGCUAUUGUUACUGUCAAUGUUGUUAUUACAGGUAUUAUUAUAAUGAAGACUUGUUUUUUUAUUGUUGCUGUUUUCAUUAAUGUUAUUAUUAAUGAUGUGAUUGUUUGUUUUCUGGUUAUAUAUUUUUUUAAAUCAAUCAGUCUGAGUCGGUCAGACAUUUUGCUUUUUCCAUGUUUGGAAAACGUGUAACACUUUUGUUUCUGUUUCCAAUUUUUCUUUGUUCUUGUCAAUCUUCCAGCUGUACUGAGAGGAGGAGACAUUAUCUGCCGGGCGAGAAAGCAAAACAAAAGUACAGUAAUCACACAUAUGUAUACAAAUCAGAUAGAAAGCCCUUCCAUUCGUCUCGCCUUGCUUUUGUCCAAAAGUAUCUUUGAAUUUAAGGCAGCUUAGGCUCCAAUACAAGAUAAUUGCAAUUGUUAUCACCUCGGGCUUCUGCUGUGUUUCCUAGUUUAAUAUUCACAUCAGCAUUACCUGGAUAAUUCAGCUUUCCAGCAGCACCUUUGUCCAAAACAUAAACAAAAACCUGCAAAAUGUUUACAUUUGCUUUUACCUUGCUCUUGUACCUUGGUAUUUGCAUAACAUUUUUACCAUUUGCAUUUUCCUUGCAUAAUGUGCAAAAGGAAUACAUUCAUUCAAAGUCAAAGCAGUAAAAUGGAAAUAACACAUGCAUUUGCACAAACAAUUAGACUUCAAUGAUUACUUUCUGAUGUAAGAACACAUGAAAGGACUCCGAAUGGAGGCUGUGUCUUUGAUGUUUCAGCUGAAGAGCAGCUCUUAGUUCGGUUUUUGAUCCCUUAGCGCUCUCUGAAGUAAAUCCUACUCAUGCACUGGGAUGCUAAGAGUAGGAAACCAAUGCCCGGGUUAAAAACAAUAGCCAUUUUAAAACAGAAAGUCGCUGCUUGUCUCGCCGUUAGAUGACGUGCUCCUCCUCCUCUUCUGCACCCCUCCAGCUUUUUCCGACUGGUGCUCAACUUCCAGCUCUGAUCGACUUUCAUUCCUUCGGCUACUCUUCAUGGCACUUGAUGCUGUUCUUAGGUGCUCUAACUCUAAUCUGGCUCUCUAGCGUUGGCAAGUGAAUUUAUUUUGACCAAGGUGGAGUACAGAGAUGAUGAAUGCUUGGAGACAUUUGUCCUGCAGCGAGGGAUAGUUUGCUUGCCACUUGUUGCUCCUCAGAGGCUGAAAUAAGUGGCACAUUUAGCUAAUGCUGCUUGACCCAGAUGUGCAGUUACUACCACAUAGAGACAGACCAGGUGACACACUUUUUCUUCCUAUUACAUUCAAGUAGUGGUGAGCAUCUCUCUGUGUAAACUCUAGAGGGCAGCAGUGUCUGCCGAUUCAAAGCGAUGUGUACAAACAAUCCUGCAAGCACCAUUAGAUCCUUGCAUUGCUGCUGUACCCAUCCACCGCCAGCAGAGGGGGGUCUCACUCCCCUCCUGCUGACCGUGCAAGGGCUUUACAGAAGCAGCUGAGGGUAAAAGUUGUCCUCUUGUGGCAAAAAUGUGAAUGAAAUCUAGAGUUGCCCAUCCUGGGUUUGCUGCAGACCUGUUUUGGUGCUCCUACACACUCUGGUGCUCUCCUAUCAAGCUUGAUCUACUGUGAAGGGCCUUCCCUCUGCAUGGUGCUGUCAUCUUCGAGCAGAGGGUGGGGGGUGCAUCCUUCAGCAGGCAACACAGAGCCUGUUAAUCAAAGCGGGAGUCGUCGAGCUCCAGAUCUGGUUUAUUCUGAGGUGCUUUCUGCAGUUUAUUACGGCUGAGAAUCAUUUGGUGCAUUAGCAGUAAACCAUUGAGAGAGAUAAAAGGAGAGCUUGGGGAAAAAAAACGACGGUAGCUUCUAGGAGUUGGCGCAGAGGGCGUUGAAUCAUUGUCCGAAAAUGACUCAAAUGCUAGGGUGCGUGGAAGAGUAAAAGCCAAAGAGAGAGACUAUUUGACGAAUAGAAUCACUCCUUUUAGAUUUCAGGCAGCGACCAUGUGAUCCAUCUGAGUUCAGACAUGGUCUACUUGCAAUGGAAAUGUAAUAGAUUUGGGUACAGGCUAACUCCUGGGUGCUGGGUGUUUGUUGUUUCUGUGUUACCUCUCUGAGCGUCUCCAGCUCUCGUCCUCUCGCUGUAGAGACACUGGUCACAAUCACAACGUGCUACUGAGGGCAGAGAGGCACGCUGAUGUCCCUUUGUGUGCUCAAGAUCUCCACACUCAUUUUAAACCUCCUUUUUUAUUUUUUACUCUUAUUUAUUACUACAUGGUGAUGAUGAUGAUGAUGAUGAUGAUGAUUGUCUUUGAUGUUUUUUUCAUCUUUGUUUUUUUUUAUAUAGCUAAUACAAAUUGUACAUAGAGAAGAAAAGAUUUAUAAAAGCACUUUUAAUCUUGAUUUUAAUGAUGAAAUGAAAGAGCCGAUUAUUGACAACUUGAAGCUUAGUUUUUUUUGUUCUUUUGUUUUUUUUCUCAAGAGAGAGAUAAAAAUGUAAAUAUUAAAAUAUUUAGGUAAGAUUAUUUAACUGGUGAGGAUAGUAACUAAACCAUGAAUGACGGGGGGGUAUUUUGAAGUCUCUGACAGCCCUCAACAACAGUGAGCAACACUCGUGUGUAAAUGUGUGCUUAGUAACACUGCUGUUUUGCUUUCCUAAGUACUGUACCCCUUGUCAGCAUGUGAACUGACAGAGACCCGUCCCUUUAUAAAAACUCGUAACCUAACGGGAACAACACUUGACUUAGAAAAACUGGAGGUUCCCCCGUAGUGACAUGCCUACAAGAAGUAUGCAUUUUAACCCAAGAGAAAAUUCUCUCAUCAAGAAUUAUGUUUGAAUCUAAAAAGGGAGCCAUAAAUCUCAUAUGAGCAGCUUUUGUGACAUUAUGGGAAAUAUGCUUAUUCACUUAGUUCCGAGAGUGAGAUGAGAAGAUGUUGAACAUUGAGCCGGAGCGACGUUAGCUUAGCAUAAAGUAGCAAAGCUAUCAUGGUUAUUGUACCAUAGGUUUAAAGUUAUUCAUAUGCAAGUCAUAACCAAUAACAAAUAAGUGUUGAUGUUACAUUUUUACAUGAUAAAUGCGCUUUUAGGUUUGCAUUUUGACUUUUGAAAGCAAGCUAACAACUGAAAUAACUUGGCUGACUGGUCAAUUGAAACAACGUGAUUUUCCCGCAUAGAUCUCUACAAAUAAGCCAAAAAUAAUAUACAAAUGCAAUCCUUAUUUUGAGUGUAAAACUGAGAGACACAAACUCCUGUUAAGGAUAAAGCAAUUCAGCUUUAUGCAGAGCUAGGCUAGCUGUUUGCCACUGUUUCCUAGCUUUAUGCUAAGCUAAGCUAACUGGCUGCAUACAGAAUUGAGUUACAUCCGUGCAGUAUUUCCCAGAAUGUCGAACUAUUUCCCCCGAAUAUCAGAAGAGUUCCCCUUUUACAUUUUACCGUGGAUCAUGGGGGGGUGUUAGGGAUAUACAGUCAGUUUGAGGGGGGAUCAGUGGGCGAUGUUUUAGCGAGCAAUAGCCCGGCAAUCUUUGUCAGUUGUGUUAGACUAUCAGGAAAGAGACGGCCUCCCUGCGUGUUUAGACGUAUCUACGAUUAUCUACGACAGCUCGCAUAAUAGUACGUAUGAGCGUGGUCACCCCUGUGUUUAGCUUGAUCAAAAAUCAUGGACAACGGUAGUUUCACUGGUGCAAUUUUACUCUUUAACCAUAAUGCAUGGCCCACAUUCACACAUACACACACACACACACACACACACACACACACACACACACACACACACACACACACACACACACACACUUGCCUAACGAUUGGUGCUGAGGAUACAGUGUAUGUUAUAUCUUAAUAACUUUAUACAUUUCUAUGGUUCUGAGAUUUGGGGGUUGGUUUAGCUGGUGCUAUGAAGCUACACCUUGAAAUUCACUGUGUUUAAGAAAAAAAUCGCAAGGGAAAAAUUAAACCACAAAUAUUUUUCUGAGCUCUUCGAUUGUCAGGAGAAGUAUACUUUUGAUUCAAGCAGUUCACAUGAGGGGACUCUGCCCUGGUGCUGACUUUGUGAAAAGUCUUUUGUUACGAUGCUACAAAUUUACAUCUCUUUUUGAGGGCAUGUUGAGGGCGCUCAAACAGCUCAUAUUCUGUCAUUAAUAUUCAUAUUGUACUUGAAGUCAUUAAAACUAGGAUAAGAUAUAGAAUCAUAUAUGAAGACUGUUAUCCGGGUUUGGUACAGCGCAAGUACCAAAGGCUCUUGAAAUGUUGUACAAUGAAGAUUUCCUGAUCAAGAACAGCCUCCCUUCCUCUCCCCGUUCACGCACUUCCUUUCCUCACCCCCUCUUUUUAAUCCUCACACCUUGUAUAUUUUGUCUCACACACACACACACACACACACACACACACAGAUUUACAUCUCACUGUGUAUGGCCCACCUUUAGAAGAACACCUAAUUUAAUUGUUGAACACUCUCUGGAUUUUGAGACUUUGGCCCCGUACAGUAACAACAAAAGAUGAACCUCCACAACUGGCAGCUACAUUCUUUUUUGAGUUUUAGGAUUGUUCUUGGUUCUUUAUUUUUCAUGUCAAGGAUGCAGUAUGUAAAAAAAAAAAAGUGUUUUUGUUCAGUCUCUCUCUCUUUGUAGCUGUAUGGUGUAUUAUGUGAAUACAUAGUGUAUGUGGUAAAAAACCCCACGAUAUUGUUUUAUGUUGCGCGAUAAAUAAAAACAUUGAAGUGAAAA